CCUGCAUGGACUAUAAAUUGACUAGAGGCUGUCUAGUCUUUUCUGUGAGUGAUCUCUGAUCAUCAUCUGUGGCACUAACAGUCCUCUGCAAGAGUGUGCUCAGGAGAAAUGGAAAACCUACUGAAGCUGUGUCUCUUUCUUCUCUGCCUUGAAACCACUCUCUCUGUGCAGUGCGUACUAUGUCCAACUUACAAAAAUGGAGAGUGUGUUGAUGGGAAUCAGACAUGCACUACAAAACCUGGUGAAACGUGUAUGAUCCGCAGAAUCUGGUCUUCAUAUGAAAGUUACCAACUGCUAAGUGCGGAGUUGACAUGCACGGAUGUCUGUAACUUUGAUGAAACAUUUUACAAAGGUCUAACAACACAUACAUACUGUUGUGAUUCUGAAGAUUUCUGCAAUGACAUUAACUUACCAAUUGUGAUGGCCUAGUGUAAGCUGGUUUCAGUUGAUCUCAUCAUUCGCAUCCUUUCCUUCCUGUCUUUUUUUUCUUCCUUUUGGUUUCAUAUUUUUCAGGACUAGGGGUUUUCUAAGAGUCAUAUUUGUGCAAGCCAUAGAACCUGGGGACAUUCCUUGGUACUGCGAAAAUGUAUCUGAUUAUAUCAGAUAAUUAUUAUUCCUAAUAUUCCCUAGACAUCAUCACCAUGAAUGUAGUGGACAUGUGGUUACAUCAAUGCAUUUGUCACAUCAGUGGGACUCAGCAAUACAGAUGAGUAGAUAAAAGGAUGGUAGAGUGUCAGAAAGAGGGGGAACAGUCCCAGUACCCUAAAGCAUGUGGUUUAGGGAACUUGGUUGCAAUUUUUUGCAUGAUGACUUCCAGGGACAAAUUUAAAGCAGGAAAGAUUGUUUCAGCCCCUGGUUUCAGUCCUUCAUUGUCUCGUUCCAUUGUCAUGGGCCCAUAGUAAAGCUAAACAUCAAAGAAUAUGAUAUACCAAAACUUCUCACCUCAUGGUGUCCAGGAAUCAGCAAGUAAGAAGUUGCGGUAAGACAAGGAUGUUGACAAAAUACACUAGGUUCCCUUCUCUAACAAAGUAACAGUUACUGCUGAAAAGAAAGAAAUCUAGAUGAUCUUGUUCCCAUGAAUGGCAAAAAUCACCAUGACAGGGUUGUAAUACCAAGUUUCACUCAGUGAAGAAAAUCUCCAACUAUUGUUUCUGUUAUAUAGCUGCCAGAAAAUAAAUCCACUAACUGGAAACUACCAAAAGAUGGUCUUUU